GGCGGUGGCGGCGAGGAAGAUGGCGCUGCUUCCCGGAGCUUCUGGCUGGCGCUGGUGGUGGAGGUGGCGAUGGCAGGGGUCGGGGGCUCUGCCUGUCCGGGCGGGCUUCGGCACUUUGCUCCUACUCCUCUUGCUGGGAUCCGGGCCGGGGCUGGGGCCGGCCGAGGCAGACCAGACCGAUGAGUACCUGAAGCGGGAGCACUCGCUGUCCAAGCCGUACCAGGGUGUGGGUACUAGCAGUUCUUCAUUAUGGACCCUGAUGGGGAAUGCCAUGGUGAUGACCCAGUAUAUCCGCCUUACCCCAGAUAUGCAGAGCAAACAGGGAGCCCUGUGGAACCGGGUGCCUUGCUAUUUGAGAGAUUGGGAACUGCAAGUGCAUUUCAAAAUCCAUGGACAAGGAAAGAAAAAUCUGAAUGGGGAUGGCUUUGCAAUCUGGUAUACAAAGGAUCGGAUGCAGCCAGGGCCUGUCUUUGGGAGCAAGGACAACUUUGUAGGACUAGGAGUAUUUGUAGACACCUAUCCCAAUGAGGAAAAACAGCAAGAGCGGGUGUUCCCGUAUGUCUCAGCCAUGGUGAGCAACGGCUCCCUCAGCUAUGACCAUGAGCGGGAUGGGAGGCCCACAGAAUUGGGUGGCUGCACAGCCAUGGUUCGAAAUCUCAACCAUGACACUUUCUUGGUCAUUCGCUAUGUCAAGAGGCGCCUGACGAUUAUGUUGGACAUUGAUGGCAAACAUGAAUGGAGGGACUGCAUUGAUGUGCCUGGAGUCCGCCUACCUCGGGGCUACUUCUUUGGCACCUCUUCUGUCACUGGAGAUCUCUCAGAUAACCAUGAUAUCAUCUCCCUGAAACUUUUUGAGCUGACAGUAGAGCGAACUCCAGAAGAGGAAAAGCUGCACCGAGAUGUAUUUCUGCCCUCGGUGGACAAUAUGAAGCUGCCUGAGGUGACACUCCCAAUGGAGCCCUUAAGUGGCCUGGCCCUUUUCCUUAUCGUCUUCUUCUCUCUGGUGGCUGCUGUGUUUGCUCUUGUCAUUGGCAUCAUUGUCUACAACAAAUGGCAGGACCAGAGUCGAAAGCGUUUCUACUGAGCUGUCGUGGCUGCCACCACUGUGGCUACAACCCUUAGGCACUGGGUGAGAAGCACUGGCCCCAACAUGCAGCCCAGCAGGAUGACUUCUCCCAUCUCAGACAUCAGAGCCCUUGACUUUGUUUUGUAAUUGGAGCUUCAAACCCAGGGACACUGCCACUCAUUCCCAUAGGAAUCUGUGGGGACAUCUAACUCUGAGACAGGAACCCCAUUCGUAGUGGGAACUGUGAUGCUGUGAUGUGCCUUCCCCUGAGGUCCUACCAGCUGGGAGCCAAGAAGGGUGGGGAGAAUGUACUCUUUGGGGUUUUUUGUUAAAUCAUAAUCCUAGGCCAAAAUUUUAUAGCACAGGAUACCUUGAAGGCCAAAGCAGAAAGAGAGUUGUACUUCACUUUCUAAAUCCCCAGAGCACUGAGAUUUCUCCCUAGAAAUCAGUAACUCCUUGGUACUGCCAGCCAUCCAGCCACUGAUCUUUAUGUCUUAGACUGUUUUGCUGUGAGGUUUUCCUAGAAAUAAAUGACUCUUCCCCGUCCCUCCCUCUUCCCCCCCAUGUCCCCUCUCUCCUUCCUCUGAAGUUCUCUCCCAGCUGGAAGCAGACUGCAUUGCCUCGCCCCUAUGGAUGACUGAAAGUCUGGAUCUUUUCAUUGACAUUUCCCUAAGGAUCAGGAGUUGAGCAUAUUCUCUCCCUUUGUUUCAGUGCAGCUUUACCUCAAUCUUCCAUCCCCUAUUCUGUGAUUAUGAGUCUUUCUUGAGUUUACGUGGUGGUCUGGCAGUGAGCCUCCCAGCCAUCUACCUAUAAUACCUUGAAUGUUUUUGCUGGGGAAUGGUCACUCUGUAAAUGAACUGGCUGGACUUCAGGAUACUUUUCCCCUAAGAGUAUCAAAGGGCCCACCAGCUCCUAUUAGUCUCUCCUGACGCUUGCCCUGGGACUUGCUGCAGUUGCUAAGUUGCAUGUUUGGGAUUUGUGGUGAUUCCUUGGAUCUUGCCAUCAAUGUUUAGAAAGUAUGAAGGCUUCCACAGCCCACCUCCACUCUUUUUAUGGAGAUUAUUUGGCCUCAUUAUUGGGAGAAACAAAAACUGCUUCUAGGAAUAUUGAGCCCCCUUCAUCUCUCCUUAGAGGAGGUUUAGCUAUUUUCAGGAGAAAUGUUCUCUGUAAACCUUCCCCUUCUCUCUUAUUUGCUAGGGAGUCAUCUGCCUCUUUGGCAUUGACAGGACUAAUUUGGUUAGUAGCCCAAAGUCUAAUCUAAAAACGGACUGAAGCCUUCAUGCUGUUCUAUGUAUGUCUAUCACAAAGGAAAUUCUUAAUAUGACUAACAGGGGUAAAGAAUGAGAUAGUACCUCAGUGCCUUUCCACUUGGGGGUGGGUCUUGGGAGAGGUUUGAGCCUGAGACUCAGAAUGUGUCCCAUAUAGAAGUAAUCUCAGGACAGGAAAGGGCCUCGGAUUCAUCUACAAGUCCUGGGCCCUUUUUAUCUUGGAGUUGUUUUCUAGUAACUGGUGGUAAAUGAUGCCGCCAUCCUGCAGCUUAGGAGCAGAGGCCUAUUAUAAUAAAAUCUCAGAUGGGACUGAAUCUGAA